AUGUCCAAAGCCGAGGGCGACGUUCUUCACUCUCUAGCCAGGCGCAAAGUAACCAAAAUCGGCGACAAAGUCAUCAAGGAUGGCCCAAACCUGCGUGUCCACGAAGCUGAGACCCUCCGGUUCAUCGCUGCCAAUACCUCAAUACCCGUGCCGAACGUACACGAUGUCCGAUGGCAAGAUGGAAGAGUCACUGAAAUUGUGAUGGACUUUGUGCCUGGCAAGACACUCGAAGAUGCCUGGGAGAAUAUGGAUUCGAACCAAAAGGCCUGUGUAACGGAAGAGCUACGUGGUUACAUGUGUGAACUCCGCCAGUUGAAAGGAUCUUAUAUUGGCGCAUUGGAUCGUGGGCCAGUGAUAGCAGGCAAAUAUGGGCCUCUUGUCGGGGGCCCAUUCGACACAGAGCAGCAAUUCAAUGAAUUUCUAUUGGGAGACAUUGCUCGAUCUAUACCAGACCUUUUGCGACAUUAUGCAAAGCAUGCUCUUGAUAAUGACCAUGAAAUUGUUUUCACGCAUGCCGACUUCGCACCUCGCAACGUACUUGUUGAUGACCAAGGCCAUGUGACGGCCAUCAUUGACUGGGAGGACUCUGGAUGGUACCCUGAAUAUUGGGAAUACGUCAAGGCAAUGCGCGAGUUGAAUUCCGUGCCAGAUUGGCCAGAAUAUCUCUCCCAAAUUCUUCCGCCUCGGUACGAAAAGGAGUAUAUUGGUAUGACCUUUCUUAAUUUCAUGCUACGAACCUGA